GUAAUGGUGUGCGGAAGUAAAUCAACAGUACUGUAUUUCGUUCUCAAAACGAAGGAAAGUGUGGUCAAGACAAGCUUCUUUAUUUCAUCAUUACGAGGUUAGUUUAGGGCGCCGUAGUUACAAGUAGCACCAUUAGUUGUUGUAAUAACCUACGGAGUAGUAAUGUCCAAAUCGACGAAGUUACACUUGAAAAAUAGGGAGUCAAAACAGUUGCCAAUCUACAAGCAUAAAGCUAAACUGGUGCAGGCAGUGAACGAGAACACGUUUUUGGUGGUCACCGGUGAGACUGGCAGUGGGAAAACGACACAGCUUCCACAAUAUUUGUACGAAGCAGGCUUUUGUAAAAAUGGCAAAAUUUGCGUUACCCAGCCCCGCCGGGUGGCUGCCAUCACGGUGGCUCAGAGGGUUGCCCAUGAGAUGCAGUGCAUUCUGGGAAGAGAAGUGGGCUACCAGGUACGGUUUGACGACUUCACAACACAGGAUACAGAGGUAAAAUACAUGACAGAUGGCUGCUUGCUCAGAGAGGUCCUGGCAGAUCCUGGACUUUCUCGUUACAGCGUUGUGGUUUUGGAUGAGGUCCACGAACGAAGCCUUAACACUGAUAUCCUUCUGGGUUUACUGAAGAAGGUGUUUUCUCAUCCAACUGAAGCUAUGAAGGGCCGAGCUUUCCCACUGAAGGUGGUGGUGAUGUCUGCAACCCUGGAAACAGACAAACUUUCAAGCUUUCUCGGUGACUGCCCCGUGUAUGCUAUCCCUGGAAGGACUUUUCCCGUCACCUGCACAUUGGGCACUGCUGUGGGUCCGAAAGAUUUACAGAGCACAAGUUAUGUGAGAGAGGUUGUGUCUCUGGCCCUGGAUGUUCACACCAGUGAGACGGCUGGCGAUAUUCUGGUGUUCUUAACCGGUCAGUCAGAGAUUGAGCGGGCCUGUGAUAUGCUGUUUGAAAAAGCUGAGUCUAUUGACUAUCGCUAUGAUGUACAGGACAAGACAGUGGACGGGCUCCUUAUUUUACCCCUCUAUGGUUCCAUGCCAACUGAGCAACAGCGGCAGAUAUUUCAGCCUCCUCCUCCAGGAAUACGGAAGUGUGUGGUCGCCACCAAUAUUGCUGCCACGUCUCUCACCAUCAAUGGCAUAAAGUACAUCAUCGACAGCGGCUUUGUGAAACAACUCAACCACAACUCCAGGGUGGGCAUGGACAUUUUGGAAGUGGUACCCAUUUCAAAGAGUGAAGCUCAGCAGAGGGCAGGCCGAGCUGGAAGAACCUCAGCAGGGAAGUGUUUUCGCAUCUAUACCAAGGAAUUCUGGGAGGAAUGCAUGCCUGAAUACACCAUUCCUGAGAUCCAGAGGACAAGUCUGACCUCAGUGGUCCUCACGCUCAAGUGCCUUGGUGUACAUGAUGUCAUUAGAUUUCCUUAUCUGGACCCACCUGAAGAGAGGUUUAUCCUGGAGGCCCUGAAACAACUCUAUCAGUUUGACGCCAUUGACAGGAGGGGUCGAGUAACUCACCUGGGGGAGCUGAUGGUGGAGUUCCCCCUACAACCAGGCCUAACCAGAGCGCUACUCAAAGCCGCCUCACAUAGCUGCGAGGACUUGCUGCUUCCUGUGGCUGCCAUGUUAUCUGUAGAGAAUAUUUUUAUUCGACCAGGUCACCCCGAGAAAAUGAAAGAGGCGGAUCAGAGUCAUCAAGCACUAGCAGAGAGCAGCGGUGGGAUGAAUGACUUCAGCACUCUUCUUAAUGUGUUUCAACGAUGUAAAUCUAGUGAAAGACCAUCAGUGUGGUGCAAGGACAAUUGGAUCCAUUGGAGGGCGCUCAAGUCUGCUUUUAAUGUGGAGACUCAGCUGCGUGACAUCCUCCUCCGUCUGCAACAAAGGAAAGAUUUCCCUGUGGAGGAAUUUGAUGGCAAUAGAAAUGAGCUCUUUAGACGGUGUUUAUGCACAGGAUACUUCAACAAUGUUGCCAGAAGAUCUGUUGGGAAGGUAUUUUGCACAAUGGAUGGCCACGGAUCCAUGGUUCACAUUCAUCCAUCAUCAUCGCUAUUUGAAAAGGAGAUGGAGCUUGACUGGAUUCUCUUCCAUGAUGUAUUGAUGACAUCCCGCGUGUAUGUCAGGACUGUAUGUCCUAUCAGAUACGAGUGGGUGAAGGACCUGCUGCCUAAACUGCAUGAGGUAGACGUUUAUGAAUUGAGUAGCGUGGCAAGAGAAGAAGUCACUGAUGAAGAGGUGACCAGGUGGGAAAUGAAGGAAGCUUCCAAAAGGCAAUCGGAUCUUUCUGCUGAGGAUGCCUUGAAGAAAGUGGAGAAGCGAAACGAUGAGGGCAGUGUCAGUGAGGCACGCGCUCGCUAUUUGCAGCGGAAGAUGCAAAGACAGCAGAAUAAAGUUCUCUGACAGUGGGACAUGGGGCAUGUAUGGAGAGACAUUUCAGCAUUCAUAACAGAUACUGUUAGCCCUGAGUUGAGCCCUUGAGUCUCGAAGACUUACAUGGACAAUCCAGCGCUAAAAGGUUGCUAUAUGCACUAUGGAUGGACAUAAUGGACCUGGUUCAUAAUUUCCAAAAAUGUUUUUUUUUUUUCUUCUUUUUUUAAAAUAAAUAAAUAUUAUAUUUUGAUACCUUUUUAACAAUUUUUCUAUCUUUAUCAUCAAUUCACUUGUGAGGUGCCUAUUUCAUUCGUCAGGAGAUAAAUUCAUGAGAGGCAGAGGGGCUGUGUGGCACAAUGCAUCACGUGAUGCAAUGUGGGUGUCGAUGCGGUAGUAAUAGGAGGCCCUGCCAUCAUAUCACUCACUUUCU